GUUUUCAUCGAUUGGCUGGCUCAAAAGUGACAAUUGCCAACAUGGCCAAGGACGGCAAGAGCAACAAGGUGGCCAAGACACUGGAGCCUGGCAACCUGAGCCAGCUAGUGUCGCUGCUAAGUGAGCAGCACGUGGCCUGGUACGACGCGGAGCCCAAGAUCAAGCCGAAGCUCAAGCACAAGAACGAUGGCGAGCCAUUAAAGGCGACGGAUGAACUGGUACUGCAACUGAAGCAACAGGCGCAGCAGUUGCUGGAAAACGAAGUGGCACGUUUCGAGACGCAAAAGAGUGGCAAAAUGUCAAGCGACGACAAAUAUUUGUCCACCAUGAUGAAGUCCGGUACAUUGGCCGAUAGAGUGGCCGCUCUCACUCUAACCUCGCAGGCGUCGCCGCUACAUUCGCUAGUACGACUCGGCCAACUCAUUACGAUGGCCAGUAAGAAGGCCCGACGUGAGAGCCUCAUGGCCGUGGACUCUCUGAAGGAUCUUUUCCUCAACAACCUGCUGCCAGACGAGGCCAAGCUCCGUUUCUUCCACCAGCACCCGCUGCAUGCGGCGCAGAACUCGCCCGCCCAUUUGGUGCUCUGGUUCUUCGAGCAUUGCCUUAAAACUGCCUACGCCCAACUCACUGGAGUGCUGGCUGCCGGCAUGGACGACGCUGUGGACAGCCACAAGCGCGCAUGUCUGCGUGCAGCCAACGCACUGCUCAAGGCCAAGCCCGAACAGGAGGCCGUGCUGUUGGCCAUGCUCGUGAACAAACUGGGUGACCCGGACCGUAAAAUUGCGGCCUAUUUGCAUCGAAUGCUGCAGGAAUUGCUGCGUGAACACCCGGCUAUGAAGCGCGUGGUGGUGGACGAAGUGGAACGUUUACUCACGCGCCCAAAGGUGUCGGAUCGUGCCAAAUACAACGCCGUGUUGUUCCUCAACCAGAUUUACCUCGAAGGUGAUGGAGUAGACGCCGAUCUGGCUGGUCACUUGAUCGCUGUGUACUUCGGACUAUUCUCAAAGGAAGUUCACCGUCAUGAUGAGAAGAACAAGACGGUUAAAGAAGCGAAAAAAGGCAAGAAGAACAAGAAGAAAAAGCCUGUAUCCACCUCAGAAGAAGCCAUGGACCGUAAGCUGCUGAGUGCGUUGCUAGUCGGUGUUAACCGUGCGUUCCCGUACGCGAACGCCACGUCUUCCAACUUUACUGAAGAGAUCGACUCGUUGUUCCAAGUUGUGCAUCGCGCCCACCACAGUACCAGUGUGCAGGCGCUUAUGCUGCUAUUCCAGGUUAUGAACAGCACUAACUCGGUAUCCGACCGGUUUUACACUGCGCUAUACGGAAAGCUGAUUGACCCAAAGGUGCGCGAGACAUCCAAGCACACGCUGUUCCUCAACCUGAUCUUCCGUGCCAUGAAGGCGGAUGUAUCGCCUGCACGUGCCGGAGCCUUCACCAAGCGUUUAUUGCAGCUGGCCAGUGUGAUGCCGCCGGCUUUCACGUGUGCUGUGCUCUUCUUGCUGUCUGAAUUGCUCAAGGUGAAGCCUCAGCUACGUACAUUGCUGGACCAGCCCGAGUCUGGAUCUACUAGCGCCGGUGACGAGCACUUUGAAGAUGUUAAGACGGAGGAAUUUAAACUUGAAAAGGAGGAGUCCGACGACGAUGAGGACACUACGGAAGACGCUGGAUCCAGUAAAUUAGACGAUGGUUUGACGGACGAAGAGCGCUCGGCUAAGGUUCUGGCCCAAAUGUUUGGUAAGCCUGAGAAGGAGAUGAAGAAAGAGGCUGCUGUCGUGAGCUUUGAUGACGAACCGACCACGAAAAAGGAGAAGGAAGAAGGUGGGUAUGAUGCUACCAAGCGUAACCCGCUCUUCGCUGGCGCUGAGACGUCGUGUGCCUGGGAGAUUCAGAUGCUGGCGCACCAUUACCACCCGUCCGUGCAGAGUUUCACGCGCCAACUUCUUGAUAACAAGGAUAGGGGCAUUCAGUACGCUGGAGAUCCGCUGGUGGACUUUACGAUGCACGCCUUCUUCGAGAAGUUCGUGAACAAGAAGCCGCGUCAUAAGGUGGCUGAGACGAGCGGUAACAACGGUGCUAAGGCCAAGAACUGGACGUUCGCCCCCAUUAACACGGAGGCUGUGCUGCAGGAGAAGGAGGACAAUGUGGACGCUAGUGACCAGUUCUUCUACAAGUUCUUCAAGGAGCGAGCUUCGCGUGAUGCUGAGCAUCUUAACAGCCGCCGUAAGAAGGCCAAGAAUGAACGUGAUGCCGAUGCGCUCUCUGACGUGGAGGACGCUGAUGAUGAAGAGAUUGAUGCGUACGCUCAGGAACUGGCUGAGGGGAUUAUGGAGGAUGGGAACCACGAUGAUGAAGACCCAGAUAUGGAGGGCUGGAGUGACUCGGAUGACGAGGAAGAGCCGACGCUGGAGGGCGAAGAUGAGGAGAUGCCAGAGUUUGCUGCUCCUGAAGAGGACGAUGAAGAAUCUGCCGAUAGUGAACAGGAGAACGGAAAUGAUGAUGAGGACGAUGAAGUAGAUGAGGACGAGGAUGCUUUUGACUUCUCUGUUAUGGGCGCGGAUGACGAUGAUGACGUGCUUCAGGAAGAGCUGGAACAACUGGACGCCAAGAGGAAGAAACAAACACCACCGAAGGCCGGUGACAAGCGCAAGUCAAUGUUCGCCAGCGCUGACGACUACGACCAGAUUGUGAAGGAGGCCAUGGCCAAGCAGGCUAAGGGCUCUAAACAGACAAAGGGUAAUAAAUCAAAGAAGCCGCGGCGAUCGUAGAUAGACAACUCAGCGUAGACUGAAGAUAACAGGAUGCAUAUCAAACAAUUUUAGAGAAUGU